AUGACAGAUAUACCCAAGCCCCAAGAGAUCCCCCGACUUAGCCCGAACUUCACCAACACAGAACGGUGGCAAGCCAUCGCAACCCGUGACAUAACAGUCAACAGCUUUGUCUACGCCGUCCUCACCACAAAAAUCUACUGUCGCCCCUCAUGUCCAGCACGGCUAGCCCGCCGUGCCAACGUCCAAUUCUACGACACCCCACUGCAAGCAGAGAAAGCAGGCUUCCGACCCUGCAAGCGCUGCCGGCCGCAUUCGGGUCAGACGGCGGCUCAAAGCAACCCUCAAACCGCCAUGGUUGACAAAGCCUGCGAGACGAUCCGGAACAUUCUGACGGCGGGAAUGAAACCCAAAUUAAGAGAUCUGGCGAUGGAGGCUGGCUUGACACCCAGUCAUUUCCAUCGUGUGUUUAAGAAACGUGUGGGCGUUACGCCCGGGCAAUAUGUAGAGAGCCUCGUGCAAAGCAACCUCCACUCGCCGGAAUCAUCACCAUCCGAUGCUUUUUCUGGAGUUGAAACACCACGGUCAGCCUCUGGGGAUAGGGGUGGUGAGACCUUGGAUCUGGACGGGAAUAGUGAGAAAGGGGCCGGUCUGUCGGCGGCUAGGAGCGAACUCCCAUUUAUGAAUGGCUGGAAUGAGUUCGAUGCUCUGCUAGCUUCUGAAUCAGAACAAACGUGGUUGCCUGGCUUAUCUAUUGACCCUCGAAUGAUUUUGGAUGUUUUUGAUGAGACCAUAUGA